CUCUCCUUUUGUAAUAAAAUCGAAAUUGCAAGCACCAUCGCCAAUUGAAUCGCCAAACGCCACCACCGCUUUGAUCGAAAAGCUCCGGCCAGAAAACAAUUACAGCAGCUCCACCACCCGAGCGGCGCCACCCACUGCGCAGUAAGUGAAUCCUAUUUCGUUUAUCCAGACAAAGGAAGAGAGGGAAUUCGGAAGAAAGGAAUCAUGAAUUCGAGCUACGGGAAAUCAAACAACAAAUCGGCAUCGACGAACGCCUUCGAUUUCGAUCUCGGACUCGGGUCGGGUCGCCCGAAGCCUAUGAACGAUCCGAAAAGCCAGGCAUCCUCGUACACCUAUUCUUCGACGCCCCAGCAAAAGCCAAAUACGACGCCGUCCUGGUCGCACCAGCCCAAGCCGGCUUGGACCCACCAGCCCGCAGCUCCGGUCCAGUCGGGCGUUGCCGGUUCUUUAUCCGGGCCCACAUCAAUGGUGGGAGAUAUUUUCGGCAAGAGCUGGAAUUCCUCCGCCUCUUCGAGUUCCAGUGUAUCUGGUGUUGGCAUUGGCAUUGUGAACAACAAGAACCCUAAUCUGUUUGGUGAUUUGCUGACGUCGUCGAUUGGCCAGAGCAAGAGUGGCAACAACGCGCCACUGAAAAAGACAGCUCCUCUAUCAGGCCAGAACACGUUCUCGAUGGGGAAUGUGGCUGAUUCAUUGCCGAAAACGGGAUCUAAUGCGAGUAACAUUGGGGCUAAUGUGAAUCUCGGUGGCAAUUAUACUAAAAAUUCGAGUCUCGGUAGUGGGAAUUUGGGUGGAAAUGGCAAUAGAAAUCAAAAUAUCGGGGGUCCAUCGCUGAAAAAUAAGGACCCUUUUGUAUCUUUGGUCGAUUUUAGUUCUAAUAAGACCCCAAUUGGUAUGAAUUCAGCAAGUGAAAAGAAGGGUUCCGAUAAUUCGUUUGGGGAUUUUCAAAGUAACACAUCGAAAACAACUGGUCAUUUUCCCAAAAGCAAUACCAACCCAUUGGGCGAUUUCGUGUUUCCUAGUAGUAAUCAAAGCCAGCCUUCUAAGCAACCACCCACGACAAACGAUUUCGACGUACUGUUUACUUCGACUGGUGGUGGCGGUGGCGGUGGCGGCAUGAAGGGGACUGGAGGAUUUACGAACCAGCAGCAAUUCUCGGAGGGUGAUGAUUGGGGGAUGAAUUCGGAGUUUGUAGGAGAUCAUGAUAAAGGCGGCACCACCGAGAUUGAAGGCCUUCCUCCACCGCCAGCAGGCGUUUCUGCCCCUUCUGCUAAGAGUAAGGGUAUGGAUAAUUACAAGCAGGGGCAAUUCGCCGAUGCUAUCAAAUGGCUUUCUUGGGCUGUUAUUCUUCUCGAGAAGGCCGGUGAUGAAGAUGGUACAACCGAGGCUUUAACAUGCAGAGCUUCUUGUUAUAAGGAAGUCGGCGAGUAUAAAAAGGCCGUUGCUGACUGUACAAAGGUGCUGGAAAGUGACGGCAAAAAUGUGUCUGUGCUUGUGCAACGAGCUCUACUUUACGAGAGCAUGGAGAAAUAUAAGCUUGGGGCCGAAGAUCUUAGAACUGUAAUGAAAUUCGAUCCUGGUAAUAGAGUUGCAAGAAGUACUAUUCAUCGCCUGACGAAGAUGGCUGGAUAGACGAGGUUCUAGAUCACGUUUUUUUGUUUAUGAUUUUACGACAUAUAUAAUGCUAUAUCUAAACAUUGUUUUAUAAGUCUGUUUGUUCGAGCUUUGUGAUUUUUUAUUUUUUAUUUUUCGAAAUAUUGUUCGUGUCGGUUGUGCUACUCGUUGUGAUUACGUAUUGAAGAUCGUAGAACUGUAAUGAAAUUUGAUCCUGUUAUUAGAGUUGCAAGAAGUACUAUUCAUCGCCCGAUAAAAAUGGCUGAAUAGACGAGGUUCUAGAUCACGUUUUUUGUUUAUGAUUUUACGACAUAUUUACAUGCUAUAUCUAAACAUUGUUUAAGUCU